UCCCCCACCACCCCGCCACUAUCCGUUCAAAACAUAGUUGGAUUUGCCACAAGCAAGAUUGCCCAGCAACAUCGCUCAAAAAGUUGCCCAGUGUAUCAUCAGCUUUAGUAUUGGACAGGUUGCUGUCAAACAGGCGUCCUGUGAAAAACUGAGACUUUGUUCUGCCCCGAUCUGACUGAGAGAAACUCAAGGGCGCGUUCAAUCUCAAAACGUUUGGAACCGGUUUUUGUGUUGAACAACUCGGAACAGUGCGCAGCGGUCUCAAGGUGUGUUCUUUACCUGCUCUAUAUGAAAAGCGCUAUAAGAUAACUGUUGUUGUAAAUUGGGGCUAUAUAAAACGGAAUUGGACAUAAUUGGACAAGAGAAACUGAGAAAGAAUGAUUCACCAGAACAAACAACCUCUGCUAAGUGACCUUAGUGCUUUGGUUUUGCAUCACACUGUCGUCUUGGUUCUCCUAACCCACUUUUGUGCAAGUCAGUCUCAGAUAGUAGCAAUGGUUGGUGAAGACAUUAUGUUGCCAUGUCAUCUGGAACCUGCCGUGGAUGCUGUUUCUAUGACUGUGGAGUGGGCAAGAAGAGAUCUGAGCCCCAGAUUUGUCCUCGUGAGACGUGGCGGUGUGGAACUCCUGAUUAACCAGAAUCCAUUAUAUGUGGGAAGAACAUCCCUCUCCAUCAACAAACUGAAGCACGGAGAUGCUUCCCUGAAGCUCUCCAAUGUGAAACUGUCUGAUGAGGGAACGUAUAUUUGCAGCAUUCUCACACAGGGAACAUCAUCUGAGGUUAAGGUUUAUGUAGGUUCCGUCUCAUCACCAGUUUUAAGCAUUUCCAAAAACAGCAGUGGGUUAUUAUUAGACUGUAAAUCUAAAGGCUGGUAUCCAGAGCCUGCGGUGUUUUGGCUGGACGGUGAGGGAAACCUCCUCUCUGCUGGACCUCCAGAGACAGUCAGAGGUCCUGAUGACCUCUAUACUGUCAGCAGCAGAGUGACUGUGGAGAAGAGACACAACAACAGCUUCACCUGUAGAGUCCAACAGAAGGACAUCAACCAGAACAGACAAGUGGAGAUUCAUAUUCCAGAUGAUUUUUUCAUCGUCCCACCUAGUUGUGAUGGUUGGAUCAUAGCGGCUUCCUGCUUAAUGUUUGUGGUUGUUGUUAUGGGCAUUGCUUUGUGUAAAUGCAGACGACGUUGAAAAAAUGAAAAGAGAGUAGGACAAGCAUCAAAUGAGAUGACAUCAUUCAAGACGGACGGUACUGCUUGAAGGAGAAAGAGUGCAGCACAUGACAGACAGGGACAGAAUUGUGUAUUUAGAUAAGAUGCUCAACAAACUUAAUGAAGAGUUACAAAGGAUUGAAGAGGAGUGGGAGUUUGUAGUAAAAGCUGUUGGUGCACUGAGAGAAUAUUGAUUGAGAAACAUAUUAAAGUAACUAAGAGAUUUCUGGAUGAGGCCUUCUGGAGACUUUCCAAAGGGACAACUGUCUUCAAAAUCCCUGAUGGAUUAUGACGUUUCCUUGGUAACCAAACCCAGCUGAAACUUCUCCUGCUGUCUUCCACACACACACAAACAGAUCAUCUGGACACCAAAACAGAUCAUCUGGACACCAAAACAGAUCAUCUGGACACCAAAACAGAUCAUCUGGACACCACUUCUCCCACCUCCACUUUCCUGACCUUCGUGUGACACAGAUAGGGGAUCGCCAGACACCCCCGGACUGCAUUCCUGAGAAAGAACUCUGAGGCCCCAUCCACACAAUCAAUCAGCAUUGAUCUCCUCCUAUAUCACAACGACACAUGAUGCACAUCUAGUGGCCGUUCACGUACACGGGGAAUUCCGGUGUAAACAUGAAGCAGAUGGUCUAUUUCGUAGUUACAGAUGAUUUGGCAAAGCAUAAAGUAGGGGAGAGCAGGGGCAAAAGUACCAUUUUGAUUAUGUUUUAGACAGUGAUAUAUUUUUGCUGUGGUUACUAACUCACAAGUGUGGUCGGUCUAUCAAUACCAGGUGGUAUUUUGCAACUGCAAAUGUAUUUUGUCCUUUAUCUUUGCAAAAAAUUAAUAAAUUACAUUUUAAUUUUUUACUAUUUA